AAAAAUACAGAAAUACAACACAUAUGGUAAUGACGCAUAAUAAGUGUACAUGCCCAACACAAAGAAUAAAGAGUAGAUUUACUUAGUUUUCUGGACAUCAAGGCAUCAGUCUUGCAGCUUGAAAUCCAUAUGCAUGUGAUUAGGUUACCAUGGCUACCAAAUAAACUUUUGAUGAAAAACAGUGAGAAAGUCCCUUUAUGCCGAGCGUGUUGGUAAUGACAGCUAAACCAUGGGACAGGUAGAAAUUACGCAAAAUAAAGCACAAAACGCAUAUAUGCUUAAUCUGUGAAUGUAGUUUAUUAGUUCAAGUAACAUUUAAUUCAUAUACAUAUAUUUUUUUAUUAAUUUGUGAUAAACAAUGUUUGAAAUAUGGCACGACAUGUGAAAACUCUGGUGAAGGACAACACCAAAACACAGAUAUUGUACCACAAAACACCAAUAAAAUGUGAUAAAAUUAUUAGUAAGAGCAGCCAUAAAAAGUCUAGGCUUGUUUUUGUUUAUACUAAUUAAUGGUGCUCAAAUUUAUUAGAUUUGAUUAGUUUUUAAUAGAAUUACACCCUGGGGACAUAAAUAGGCCCGAAUUCUGGGAAAUACCCAUAUAUAAAUGCAGUUUGUAUGCGGAUGUGUUGUGUCCCCUCCCAGACUGCAGGUGGCAGUACGUAUCUCGGUAUAGACUGGAAACGACAAACAAGAAGAAAAUUAAAAUGAAUCAUAUGCGGAAGUAUUUAUUCUAGUAUUUUUUUCCGCAGAGGGCCUUACAUUUUUCAUCAUGAGCAAAUCAAGGACUGCCAAGAAAGAGAAAAUAAGCGUGGCAAGUGAGAUUGACAGCAUUGAGGAACGCAAAUUGCGAUGUAAAAACAGCCUGGAGAGGGCUGAGUUCAGACAGAGAAAAGAGAAACUCUCAAAUGAUGACAGGCAGGCAGUGGAAGAUGAAAUGAUAAUAUUGAAUGAAAGAAUACAGAAAUACGGAGUUGCAGGUGCUCAGAGGAGAAAACAGGAAGAACAUGAUGCUCUCUGUCGCUCUGCUGGCCAUCAGCGCUCUUUUCUAUUAUGCAUUUAUGAAUUAAAAAGACACUUACAUUCAUACCAUUAACAGAAUGAAAUUUGGGGAGAUACCCACAGCUAUUCUUCAGAUGGCAUUAUUGGAUUGUUCGGAGGUUGAGGGGUGCAUUAUUGUCAUCGUAACCAUAAACACAACAUCUUCAGCUUGACCUGCAAAGUGGAUUCCCCUCAUACUGCUGUCUGCUUUAUGUAAAGCAGGAGAACAUCAUGAGAUGCCUGAACUGUCCCAUCAGAAAAAGGGAACAGAGUAUUGUUAAGAAAUUUUGUUUGAAAAUGAUAACUUAUACUGUACAUUGAAGUCAUAAAUUAUAAGUAAGCUGUGUUAUUGCUGAAUCAUUCAUGUAAAGUCAUAUUUCUGUACAUUUGACCCAGUAAUGACUCUGCGACUUCUCGUUCCGGAUCACUGUUUAUUGCAUUUCAACAGGACUAACAUGCACAAAGGUGUGUUGGGGCAAAGGGUGUUAUUCCAUCCAAAAAUAAAAUUUAUCAACAAAAUCUUCAAUUGAAAUAAAAAACAGCCAUCAAUAAAAUGCAAUACUGUACCAUCA